AUACAGAAGCAACAAAUUUUUAGUGAAGCAUAUAAUGAAGAAAAAAAACGGCGUGAAGAUAAUGAAAAAGACCAAAAUAAAAUAAUUAUUAAAGAUAAUAUUACCUAUAUAAUUAAUAAUUGUAACAAUGUAGUGAAUAAUGGUUGUUCUAUAGAAGUUGAAGAG